UCCAGUUCACCGCUUCACCACAGCAUUUCGUCUAAAUCUUCACAGAUAUUUUGCAAAACUAUCCCAAAAUUAUGUAUUUAAAUUAACCGACAUAGAAAUGACAUGGUUACCUUUUAAUUAAUGGUUAGAAACUAAAACACACCAGAUUUACGUUGGCAGCACUCGCUACAGUGACCGAUUUCAAUGGCUUAAGGGCUAUUAUGAACGGCCAUAUCCACCGCUGGACCGCACCUCUCCAAAUCAAACGGGUAAUUUAGGUUCGAGGCCAUUAAUACACCCACAUUGUAAUACCUGAAGUCGUCCUCGAUUAUAUUUGAAGCCUGCUUCGUCCAUGGGAAUUGGGAUGCAAGGAAAUUCUAUGUAUGUGAAAAUUAGUCCAUAUCCAUGGAGAAGAUUUAACCUCCAGGCUUAAUUGAAGUUCGUGAUUAUGGAAAACUGACCACUUGUGAGCACAUAGAGUAACAGCCGGCAACAGAAUGUGCACCAAGCUGACGGAUUGUCAUAUAUCUAAUACCGUUAAAAAUAAAUAAAAUGAAGGAACCACCAUGGGUUUAGGCGGAAUAUUCAAGUUUUUCCUACGUAGGGCUUUGGAAUUAUUUGUGAUUGCAGCCUUUUUGACUUUAAUACCCAAUUUACCACCUUAUGCUGAAUUUUCUAAGCCCAUUAAUGUGGCUCCAGCAAAACCCUUUACAGGAAAACUAUCCUUAAACAAUAAACUGGAUAAUGUACAAAUCUGGCAUAAGGGUGACCUCACUGGCCCAGAAGCUUUUGAUGAUUUAAAUGGGGAAUUGUACACAUCACUAUAUAGUGGGGAUAUUGUCAAAUUAACAGGUGAACACAUAACACCUGUAGUUAAAUUUGGUAAACCUUGCAAAGGUUCUUAUGAAGAAAGUAUAUGUGGAAGACCCCUAGGUCUUGAGUUUGACCAGAAUGGUGUCUUAUAUGCUAUAGAUGCUUAUUAUGGGUUAUUUAAAGUGGAUGUAAAGACUGGUUCCAAGCAACAACUGAUUAGCCCUAGCACGAAAAUAGCCGGCAGGCCAAUUAAGUUAUUUAACAGUUUAACUUUGAGCAGCAAUGCUGAUAUUUAUUGGACAGAUUCUUCCAAUUUUACUUUGGAGGAUGGAGUGUUUUCAUUUUUGUCCGAUGGUUCUGGAAGACUGAUUCAUUACGAUUCCAAAACAAAGAAGAAUCAGGUACUUAUUGAUAACCUUCACUUUGCCAAUGGCCUGGCCUUAUCAGACAAUGAAGAGUUCAUCAUUGUUGCAGAUACUUUAACAAGUUCCAUUCAUAGAUAUUACUUAAAAGGGCCCAAAAAAGGUACCCAAGAUAUCUUCAUUGAUGGCCUCCCAGGUUUACCAGACAACAUCAAAGCAGACGGCAAAGGAGGUUUCCUGGUACCCUUGGUAAUGUCCCGUGAUGCCCAGCAUCCAUUUCUCUUACAGUCCAUUGGCCCUUUUCCUUUUAUCAGAAAAGCUAUUGCCAGAUUUAUGGGUCUGGCUCAGUUAAUUUUCCAGAAAAUCGAUCAGUAUUAUCCCAAUGACUUUUGCAUGAAAGCAGUCCAUAAUAUUGGUCAUUUCGAUGCUUUUCCCAGCGGUCUAAAACCGAAAAGGGUCACCCUAUUAAGGAUCAAUAAAAACGGUGAAAUUACCGAUAGUGCCCACACUUUUAAGGGCAUUUCUGGUAUUUCCGAAAUGCACGUGUUCAAGGAUACUCUGUAUUUGGGUUCACCGUUUAAUGAUUAUAUCGGGAAGAUUUCCCUGGAGAAACUUGGAUGGGGUGAUCUUAAAAAGGGAGAAAGUGCUAAAGCUGCUACACCCACAGUGGCACCUAAAGUAACUACAACAACUCCAAAACCAACUACUACUACUACUACUCCACGACCAACCACAACCACCACACCUAAACCCACUACAACUACACCAAAACCAACCACUACUACCACUCCUAAGCCAGCCACUACCACCACUCCUAAACCCACUACAACUACACCAAAACCAACCACUACUACCACUCCUAAGCCAGCCACUACCACCACUCCUAAACCCACUACAACUACACCAAAACCAACCACUACUACUGCUAAGCCAACCACUACUACCACUACACCUAAACCAACUACAACCACACCUAAACCAACGACUACCUCAAAACCAUCUACCACUACGAAGACCACGUCUGCUCCUCCCACUAAACCAGUGGCACAAGCCACGCCUCCUCCCAAGCAGACCACGCCCCAAGGGCAAGCUGAUAGGAAAUCAGUGCCACAGAAAGAGACGAGUACUCCUCAAAACAAGCGAGAAUAAACGAAACUUUAGUCUACCUGUGAUGUUGAACGUCAGUGAAUAAGUGGAAUAUUCUUUAAAGUUGCCAAACGUAAUUAAUUAUUGUUUUUUUUUUUUUAAAUACUGGCAUUAUUAGACUUUAAGUGCAUGCAUCUGAUUCUUUACAUACGUACCGGGCCGUUGUAAAUAGUGUGUAACUGUUUUAAUGCAAUAAGAUUUUAUAUUUUUGUUUUUUUUUUUACAUAGACGUAUGUAUUAUCUCAUAUCAAGUUUAUAUAUAUAUUUUUUUUAUUUAAUUACCGGACUGAUUUUUUAGGUGGUUGUGAGUAUUUGGUGUUUUAGUAUAAAUAUGUGUGUGGAGAAAUUGGGACUCGAAUAAAAAUAAAACUUUUUUUUUGUUGAAUUA